GCCGCGCAAUUGCUCUCUCCGCGCCCGCCCGUCCUCGAAGUCCUCGACCCUUGCGAUGACCACCGACGACGCGCCCACCAUCCUCAGACUCGCACCCCCGUCCACCUGCACGUGCGCCUCCCCUCCCUGCUCCGGCCGGUCCGACCUGCACCCCCUUUCAACGACACUCUCGGCCAGGCCGCAGCCACUCCACGCCACAGGACACAGGUGCACUUCCAAUCCGUCCAACAUGUUCGCCUUCUGCUCACUUCUCAUCCUCCUCUUCCAAGUUUUGGCUUCGGCGGACGCGUCGACCAUCAGACAAAUUGGAGACGCGGCGCUUUGCCCAUUCGAGGCGAAGCAGGACAGAGACGACACACGAACCCCUGCCACAAUCACCCAACUCACCUGUAAAUUUUCAAAGUCCAUGAUCCUGAACACGGACUCGGAGGACGCCAUGCCUACGGGCAUCACCUGUGAGCAGAUUGGAGGCACCUGCAAGCAAAUCCACACCACUCUCGGCGUUUCCUACGCCAAGAGUUUGAUUGCGAACAGGGCGGAGCGCUCGCUGGGCAGAAGCAGAGGGGUCAGGUCGGUGCGACGUCACCACAACAUCAGGGUCAAUUCGGCCUGCGUGUGCGUGCUCAGCAACGGCAAACCGGCCCUGCCUGUCAACCCCAUCGUCGAGGACCGCAGGUGAAAACGAAAAUUGACAAUAAAUGAACCAAAUCGUGAGAACUUGUGAUACUUUGUGGAAUGAAGAGAACCAGUCAAUGAAGAUUUUGUAUUUAUUUGCAAAGUGGAUUUCAGUUGAAACAAUCCCCACCGCCAUUGAAUGUGAAAGUUUGCUUGAAGCUGAAUAACUUUUAUAAUUAAGUAUUUAUCAUUGAUUGUCACUUUGUUUGCGAAUUAAAGUGGAUUUCAACAAUGCCCAAAUUGUCUCUUUAAAUCAUCAGUUUUGGAUACGAUGCAUCAAAUCUCAUCGAUCGAGCCAAAAUAUUUUGGAAAUAUCCCUAAUUUUAACGUUUACCCAAUUAUUUAAUUGCAGUAAUUCGAAGACUUUUUUUUAAUCAAAAAAUUUUAAAAUUCAAACAGAAUGUUAAAAGGUAUGGCGCAUCUUUUAAUGAUUUCAAUAUUUGGUCCAGAUUGUAUAUUUUCAAGAGACAAAAGUAAAAAUACUUUUUGACCUUUGACAAGAUUCAAUACCCCUUGACUUAGAAACUUUUUCACCACUUGAUUUAUUAUCUUGAACCUCCUACAGAGAAAUGCAAGAAAUCUCGCAUUUUUAGUAAACACCUUUUUAUCUGUGACUGAGAUACGUUCAUAACUUUUGUGCUUUCAAAACCAAAAUAUGAACUAUCGUAGUAUUUUUUUUCGCGGGAAUCAUCUAAAAAGUUUACACAAUUUCCGUUGAUCAAAAUAAUUUAUAACCAAAUCAACAGUUUCAAAUAAUGAUUCGCUUUUGAGCCGUUGAAAUCCUUUUCAUGUGAGAGUGCUGAGAAUCUCCCUCUCUUUGUAAUUUAUUGAACUUUAUCCUUUGGAAAACUGAUUUGUAAAUAUUUGUUUAAGAAAUAUGAGAAAAAUCUUGCUUGAAAAUAAUUGUGAAUCACCUCGUUGCGUUUUGUGAGGUUGCCAAUGUGUCUUCAGGGCAAAAGCCCAGCCUUGGAAUUGAAACAUUUUUACAAAAAUGAAAAAACUUGUUCGAUGAUUAAAAAAAUUGAG